UGUACGUCUUCGUUUCUCAGGAAUCUGCAGCAAGCAAGCUUUGCAGAGUCCCUCGGAUCUUCGUGGCACUCCUCCUUCCUUGGUAAUCAAUCAACUUCUUUGUCCUCUUUCCUCGGUGGUCAUCAAUCAGCUUCUUUGUCCUCUUUCCUCGGUGGUCAUCAGCGGGUGUUCAUCGCGUAUUUCUUUUGCCAGUUGUCAGCUCGAUUCUCACUUGAUUGAUGACUGUGGCCAGGUGUGUGGAUGCCGAUGAGGCAGAGGAAAUGGAGGGGGCAUAGAGGAGAGGAGGAGGGAGGUGGCCUGGUACAAAAGGGACCUAACAUCGAUUGGGCAAGGAAGGAAGUGUCUUCCAGUACACAGGAGGCAAGGACGAAGCGCGUGGAAAGAGAGACGUACGUAGAGGCAAGGAUACCUGAGCCCCGCCCUGGCCAUCUCCUCCGCCUGUCCAGGCAUCACCGCCGGCGAUGGUGUCCGUGAAGAUGGAGAUCAAGACGGAACCGGAAGAGGAGGUGGUGGUGCCCAUUGCGGUGACGGUGAAGACGGAACCCGAGCAGGUGGACGUAGUAUCGCAGGAGAUGAUGGUGCCCAAUGCCGUGAAGUUGAAGGCGCAAUCCGAGGAACUAGACAUAGUAGUAUCACAGGAGACGGUGCCCAAUGCGGUGAAGGUGAAGCCGGAGCCAGAGGAACUGGAAAUGGAGAUGGUGUCACAGCCAAAGAUCACCUGUGUUCCGCCGGAUCUGCAGCCGAAGGGCACUUGUUCUACUUCUGGUAAGAUACCAUACGAGAUGGAGCGGCUUGCUCGGAUAGCUGAGAAUCGAGCACGAAUGGAGGCUCAGGGGCUGGCCACUGACGUGUCGAACCUCACCCGGAUGAUGAUAUCUGUGAAGUCUCAUUACACGCCACGUCGGACCAGGAAAGUCGUGGCGGAGAACAUGGAGGAUGGAGAGGACAAUGGUUCGUCGCAGGGGGUGCGAUCACGAUCGUCUGUUGCUUCAGCGGCGCCUGUGAGGAGAUCCCGUCGCCUUCAACAUGCAGUGCCAACCCUCCAUGACGAGGGUGCUGCAUGUGGUGAACUGGAUGAAGCGCAAACGCGUGUAAGGAGGGACAAUGGUGAUGGAUUCGAGUUUGACUUUUCUCGUUUUCAGCCUUCUCCUGCCGUCUCUCCUUCCCAAGGUCGUGGCUCUUCUGGAGUUGCGUCCAAGCGAAGGAAGGUUUAUGAUCUCGAAGCUGUAUCUGACCUCCCACAGCCCAGUCAACUCCCGCAGUACCUCCAAGAGCGCAGGUGCAAGUGUAGGGGCAGAGGUAGUGUCUACGACCCCUUGGUGGGGCUUUGUUGCCACUUCUGUAGGCAGAAAAAGCUCUGCGGGGAGGAGGACUGUGAGCGCUGCGGUAAUAUGGACCUCAGCAAAAUGUGUCUCGGGAAAACGUUCUGCCACCGCUAUGGCGUCUUGCUGCUGGCUGACGAGAUGAUUAAUCGGCUACCGACACUUGAAGGGUUAACAGCAAAAGAGAAUAGAGAACCGACCUCCUGCGGCAGAGGGUUGGCAACGCAGGUCGCGAAAAUGGGAGAGAAUGAGCAAGAGCUGAAUGUGGUGGUGUGGGUCUGGUUGCUGUUUCUGACAGAAGGCCACGAUAUUGUCGGUUUGUUGCUGUGAAGCCUCGACCCACCCGCGCGCGUUGCAGUUCAGAGUAAUCUGGACUCAGAGAGAAAGCAAUGUUAACGAAUCAAGAAAGCAAUCGUGG